UAGACAGUCUCAUCAAACACUAACCGUUGAUUCCACCUCGCCGACCUUGAUACCCCUUCUCCCGUUGUCCCAAAGCAGUCAUUCUACCGUUGCCUCGACCAUUGUGUUCGAGCCCACACUGAAAGAGCCUCGGCGAAAAUCUAAAAUUUGGAGCCUCACUGAAACAAAGCCACCAGUCACCUCAGGCGUGGGACCAGCAAUAAUCGCAACAGGCAACCUCACGAUACUACCCCUGCACCUUUGCCGGAUCUCACAUAGCUCUUGUUUUGAUUCGUUAUGGCUCUCAUUGACAGAGUUCCGGGCGACUUGAAGCUCUACAUCGGUGGGCUCUUCACCUUGCGCCGGCGCGAAGCACUCCAGCAGGCUAACAUCACACACAUCCUGUCCGUCCUGCGCUUGCCCCUAGACCAGCGCCUCUUCAGCCCAUUUAAACACCUGGUUGUCGAGAUUGACGAUGUAGAGGAUGAAAACCUCUUAGAACACUUCCCUACAACCAACAAGUUCAUACAAGAUGGACUUGAUGGUGGUGGUGGCGUUCUUGUACACUGUGCAAUGGGAAAAUCGCGAUCGGCCACAUGUGUCAUCGCUUAUUUGAUGCAAAAGCACAACAUCAGCGCCUCCGAGGCGUUGUCUCACAUACGGCAAGCACGUUCCCUGUGUGAACCGAACGGGGGUUUCAUGCAGCAGUUGGAACUUUAUGGUGAGAUGCGAACGCCAGAUAACGUCGAAGAAACUCCUGCCUACCAGCGAUGGGUGUAUCAGCGUGAAGUAGAACUGAGCCGAGUUUGCGGUCAAGCGCCGGAAGCAGAGAAAAUCCGAUUCGAGGACGAACACACCGAUGAGGAUACUUCCGAAUUCGAAUUGAGAUGCCGCAAAUGCAGACGGCCACUAGCAACUUCCCAAUAUAUCAUUCGGCAUCCUAUCUCGACUCUCCCCAGCAGAGAGAUCUCAGAGGGUCCGCCGAUGUCACCGCCCCAAGAUUGUGCCCACUAUUUCCUCGACCCAUUGUCGUGGAUGAGAGCCGAGCUCGAGCACGGCAAGUUAGACGGGCGCCUUGUAUGUCCAAAGUGCCACACAAAUGUAGGCAAAUAUGCCUGGCAAGGGAUGCAAUGCAGCUGCAGUGAAUGGAUCGUUCCGGGUAUCAGUCUAUCCCGGGGUCGAGUUGACGAGGUGAGGUCGAGGACCUCCAUUACUGAGAUUCGGCGUCCACCAGGGUCGAUGCUACUGCCGUCGCUAGGCCCUGCAGUUUCGAGGCAGAAUCUGUAAGGCUGAAGUACAGGGAUAAACAUAGGGUUGACAUAUCUUGUAGAACAUCCUACAAGUGAGACGCUAGACAUGGUUUAUGUUUGUGGCCUGAUG